CUUGCCUCCCCAAUCACACCUAUAAAAGCGCAACUCUGUCAUGGCUCUAUUGUGCUGCUCCCCCAGCUCUCCUCCUCGCCGUUCUCGCCAUUCUCGCCAUCCUCACGGUCAGGAAUUUUGUCGGACAGCUUAUGAUGGGUUACCCCAGCUUCCACUACUCAGCUUUUGGUCACACGACCAUCCAGCGUGAUAGCACGCCUGAUCUUACGACUUUGUGUCCUAAAGAUCCAAAUGUACGUCCCGCUCCAACGCGGCGCCAUGCAGGAUCAAAGUCCAUCGUACAUCUAUUCAAGAGUUGCUCGCUUGCGCGCAACGAAUGGUCUGUCAUUGCGCAAGAGUUGCUGUUCCGCUACAUUACUCUGUGCAAUGAGACCACCUGCAUCCCUUCACACCGCUCCAUCGUUCGCGAACUCUGUAAAGGAACGACUCUGCCAUGGAUCUAUUUCUCUGUCCCCUCAGCUCUCCUCCUUGCCGUCCUCGCCGUCCUCUCGGUUGGGAAGGUUAUCGGGCAGCUUUCGACGGGUUUGACGUUCUUCAGCUUCCACUACCUGGCUUUUGGCCUCACGGUAUGCCACCCUCGAGACGUCCCUGUCGUACAUAUGCGCUGUGUACAGACCUCUCGAGAAGAUACAGUGUCCGAUCUUACCGUCGUGCAACCUCCUCGAGACUCCAGUGUUCGUCCCAGUUCAACGCGAUGCCAUAUUCCUACCGAGAUUGUCAUGCACAUCCUCGAGAUGGCAUUCGAUGACGCGGAACCAGAAUCAAACGUUCAGCUGUUUAAGAACUGCUCGCUGGUAUGUGGCGAGUGGUCAGUGAUCGCGCAAAAGCUGCUGUUCCGCCAUGUCACUCUGCGCAGCGAGGCCGCCAGUGUCUCCUUCCUGCAAGCGGUGGACCGUUCCACUGCUCGCGGACGUAUGCUCGGCAAUGCCGUUCAGUAUAUGCGCGUCGUCUUGGACCACAAUCAACCAAAUGCAUUGUCACAGAGUUCCUUCGCUCGUGCGGUCACCCUCUGUCCCCAUCUUUACGACAUUAAUCUCGCCCUGUACGGCCAGGGUGGUCCCGGUGAGGAUGUCGUUGGUGCACCAGACGCGAACCGGAUGAAGCGCUCCGCUCCUUCGUUCGACGAAUCCACCCUCGAGCUUCUUCGUACUGGCCCCCGUAUCGCCUCGCUCCAAUUCAGCAACUGGUCGGAUAACAGCUCGUCGCUCGAGCAGCUGCUCUCCAUCUGGCGCUCCCUGACGAGCCUCACUAUCAGCGGCACGCCGCCAAGGAUUCCGCUCACCUACCCGGCACCCUUCGAGUGCUCGCUCGAGAAGUUGCGUGUCAAUUUUCAGACCACGCCGUCCGUCGAUUUCAUGGUGUGCCUCCUGCGCAAAUCCCGGGACUCCCUGCGCGUGCUCGAGUUCGAGCGCGAUCCGUCGCCCGAGAUGCUCGAGUAUUUUGUUCACUACCAUGCUGCGAAGCUAGAGUCUCUCGCGCUCCCGACGUGCAGUGGAUCUGAUGGUCUGGCGGCCAUCGCUCAAUGCAGUUCGCUCCGCGAGCUCAGGGUCGAAAAUGCAUGGGUCCCGCCAUCUGUAUUCAAAAUGCUUCCGGACACUACGGAGCACGUCGCUUUUGGCUUGGAUAUGGACACCGGGCUGUCACCGGUGCUGCAGACGAUUAAGCGCAGCGAGACGCUCAGGGCGGUCACGCUGCAGGUGUGGCAUGGCGGAGAACGCCAUCCGCAGCUAAACGCUGUCAAAAUUGCAUGUGCGCGGCAGGGCGUCUCGCUCAGGAUGACCACAGACGUUAGGGAGUUUCGCGCGAUCUCGCGCGGCGUUCUUGACUGGCGGGCGCGUUCUCCAGCUUCUCCCUCUUCAAUACAUUGAACCUCCACGCCUCGGAUAACGCCCCUCAAUCUACCUUCACACUCGCCUAAUAUCACAGCCCCCGGUCCCAUAUCAUCCACGUUGUUCCAUUAACUGCCGCUCAAGUGCGCGCUGUAUUUCCUAUCGGAUUUUAUCUGCAUCCACGAUUCGAUCACGACCGACCACGCGCCUUUUUUACAUCGACAUCGAAUCACGAACGCCGCCCUCGCCGCUAAACGUCCACGUCUCAAACGCAGCAUCCAUUUCAUCACCAUCGUCAUCGUCAUCAUCGG